AUGGGUCAAAAAGUCUCUGUCGUGCACGGGGUCAAAUCUGAGAACUUCUACCAACAGGGAAACGCCAUCAACGAGAUCUGGCUUGGCAACUUCGAGCUCAUCUCCCGCCUCCCGUUCGGUGACUCGGACCUCGAGCAGGCAGGUUGGCCUGCUGGCGACUGGCCGAAGAUUCCAUGGCAUCAGUUCAUUAUCCCGUUGAAGCGUGAACUCGGCACCAUCAGCGAUACGAAAAUGUCGAGCAACAACACAGCAUGCCUCUGUCCUGCGCUCCCUUGGGAGCACCAUUUGUCUGGCACGGGUUUGAUCGGCCAUGUGGGAAAAAUGAACCGAAUGACUGCAUAUAUCAUCGGCAUUCUGGCAGUCCUCAUCGGCGGUGUGGUAUGCUGUGACGCUUUCGGGAAUUUGUACAAGACGUGGAAGUUCCUCCGUCGGGUGCGGCAAGAUCCCAUGCAGGUUAUCCCCUCGAAGUACACUCCCUACCAGCUGGAAAGCUACUUCGUGAAGCGAAUGUUUGUCAUCUUUUCGAAGCUGGCUUGUGCAAUCCUUAUCUUUGGAGUGGGGAUGGUUUGUAUGGUCCGUGGCAUCGAAGGAAUAAGCGCCAAUCUUUUCUUUGUCGCGCACUUGAACGGCAUCGUUGCAAUGAUUCCCGGCAUUUCAUUUCCAACGUCGAUAUUCCUCUAUAUGCACUUGAGAUGGACUCUUGCGGUACAGCGACGGACAUCGGAUGAGCAAGAAACAUCCAAUGACACAGCUCUCGCUCCUCUCAAUCCCGCUACUCACACGUCCGAGGAGCUCCAAUUCCCACUCGCAGUGGCCGUGGCCUGCCCCCAAUGUGAAAAGUGCACACACUUCCAUUCUCCCGGUGGGUCGCCGAUGUUUCGACCUCGUCCUACGGAAUAG